CGAGCCUGAGACAACGCCUCUUUCUCUCUCUUCUUUCUCUCUCUAAAACUCUCCUUCUCUCUCAGAGAGAGGAAGCAAAGGUGGCAUUUUUAUUUGAUUUUUUCAUCUCUUGGGAGUGAGGGAACGAUGGUUCUUCUCUGAUUUCUGGAUGAUUUCGUGAAAAUUUUGAUGUGAAUUGUGGAGGUGUCUAAUUCGGAAGCAAAUCUUGGAGGUGGUGUCUCUUGGAGCUGUGGAUUUGGUUAAUUUCAUUCCAUUUUGGGGAUUUUUUUUUUUUUCGUUUGUUUUCGAUUAGAAGGUAGUGCGGGAAAAGGAGAGAAUGGCAUCGGAGGGAGUGAUUUCGAUGAUGUCCGUGGUGGAGGACGUGCUCAAACAGCAAGGGAAGCGCCUCAAUGAUAUGGAUUUGGCGUGGAGGAAAGCAGAGGAAGCUGCUGCAAGAAGGAAUGAGGCUGCAGGGUGGUUGAGAAAAAUGGUCGGAGUUGUCACGGCAAAGGAUUUACCAGAGGAGCCUUCGGAGGAAGGAUUCCGACUCAGUCUCAGAAGUGGUAUGAUUUUGUGCAAUGCGCUGAAUAAGGUUGUACCAGGUGCCAUUCCUAAGGUUGUGGAAACUCCUGGUGAUGCUAUUGCUGUUCCAGAUGGUGCAGCUCUUUCUGCAUAUCAAUACUUUGAGAAUGUCAGGAAUUUUCUUGUUGCAGUAGAAGACUUGGGCAUUCCUACGUUUGAGGCCUCUGAUUUAGAACAGGGAGGGAAAAGUUCUCGGGUGGUUCAUUGUGUCCUGGCUUUAAAAUCUUACCAUGCAUGGAAGCAAAUGGGUGGAAUUGGUUUGUGGAAAUAUGGUGGGAAUUUGAAACCUACCGGGGGAAAAUACUUCAUGAGGAAGAACUCAGAAGCUUUCAUGAAUUCACUUUCUCGAACUCAAUCUGUAAAUGACAAGUCCUUUGAGCUGAAUUCAAAUGGAGACUUUCCAUUAGAAGCUUCUGAAAUGGGCUUACAGCCUACUGCACAUUCCCUGAGUUCACUUGUUCGUGCAGUUCUAUCAGAUAAGAAGCCAGAGGAAAUCCCACUGCUUGUAGAGUCCAUGUUGAGUAGAGUCAUGGAAGAAUUUGAUCUCCGCAUUGCAAAUCAAAAUGAGCUGGUGAAAACUACAAUGAAAGUUGCGGAGGCAGAUGCAGAUAACGAAAACAGAGAUAUUUCCUCUCUCAAGGCAGACGAGGAACUUCCAUUGUCUUCUAAUAUAAAGGUUGACAUUGAAGAUAGCAGUGGCACGCAUUUAAAAAAUGAGGUUGUUGGCACAAAUAUGGUAGAUGAAGAAACAUCAAGACUCGCUCUUUCAAAGCAACAUGCAAUUAUAGACAAUCAACAGCAAGAUAUUCAGGAACUAAGACAUGUUCUCCAUGCCACUAGAACUAAUAUGGAAUACUUGAAAAAGCAAUAUACUGAGGAGUUCAGUAAUCUAGGCAAGCAUUUGGCUGUCCUUUCACAUGCUGCUUCAGACCAUCAUAAAGUUCUUGAGGAGAACAGAAAGCUAUACAAUCAAGUGCAAGAUCUAAAAGGAAAUAUUCGGGUCUACUGCCGAGUAAGACCAUUUCUACCUGGUCAAUCAAGUAAUAUGAACACUAUUGGUCGGAUUGAUGACGGAAGUAUCACAAUUGUUACCCCUCUGAAAUACGGAAAGGAAGGUCGCAAGUCUUUCACCUUCAACAAAGUGUUUGGCCCGUCUGCAUCUCAAGAGGCGGUAUUUGCGGAUACACAACCUCUCAUUCGCUCUGUUCUUGAUGGCUACAAUGUGUGUAUAUUUGCAUAUGGUCAAACUGGAUCUGGAAAGACUCAUACCAUGAGUGGACCUAAAGAACUCAACAAACAAACUAUUGGUGUCAAUUAUAGGGCAUUGAACGAUCUGUUUCAUCUGUCAGAAGAGAGAAAGGACACGAUUCGGUAUGAAAUUGCUGUUCAGAUGAUCGAGAUUUAUAAUGAGCAAGUGAGAGAUCUGCUGGCAACUGAUGGUGUUAACAAAAGAUUAGAAAUUCGUAACAGUUCUCUGAAUGGUGUUAAUGUCCCUGAUGCAAACCUGGUUUCUGUUACUUCAACAUCAGAGGUCGUUGAUUUGAUGAAUCUCGGGCAAAGAAACCGAGUUGUUAGUGCAACAGCUUUGAAUGACCGGAGUAGUCGUUCACAUAGUUGCUUGACCAUUCAUGUUCAAGGAAGAGACAUGACAUCUGGAAAUAUUCUUCGGGGAUGCAUGCAUCUGGUUGAUUUGGCAGGCAGUGAAAGAGUUGAUAAAUCUGAGGUCAAAGGUGAUAGACUAAAGGAGGCUCAACAUAUAAAUAAAUCACUUUCAGCUCUGGGGGAUGUCAUUGCUUCCCUGGCUCAAAAGAAUUCUCAUGUUCCAUAUAGAAAUAGUAAACUGACACAAUUACUUCAAGACUCUCUGGGAGGACAAGCAAAGACACUGAUGUUUGUUCACAUAAGUCCUGAGGCAGAUGCUACAGGAGAGACUCUUAGUACCCUUAAAUUUGCCGAACGAGUUGCCUCUGUUGAACUAGGCGUCGCACGGGUAAACAAAGAAAGUGGAGAAAUCAAGGAACUCAAAGAGCAGAUCGUUAGUCUUAGAGCGGCGUUGGCAAGGAAAGAAGGAGAAACUGAAUACUUUCCUAGUACAAUGUCAAGCCCUGAUCGUUAUACAUUGAAGACCGGUGCAACAUCACCUUUGAUUCCAAAUCAUAGGCAGCCGAUGGAGGAAGUUGGGAACAUUGAGGUGCAGAGAAAUUCCAGUGUUUUGCAAAAAAGCUCAAGUUUUGAUCUGCAACAGUUAUUGGAAGCAACAGGAUCACAUCCCUGGUCAGAAAGCACUCCUAAUGCCGAAAUCGGCACCAGAGACUGGAUUGAUAAGUUCAUGUUCAAUAAGCCUGGAGCUGUACUCGAAAAUUAUGAUUCUCUUAGAGAUUGGGAAGGGGAUAAUGGUAACUUGCCCGAUAUAUUCUACCAAAGGUAUCAAUCAGAUAUGAAAGUCCACCCAGAGCAGCAAUACAACAGAAAUAUUACUGGAAGAAAAGAGAACGGAGAACAUGACUUACAAAGAAAUCGGUUUGACACUACAACUACCGAUGAUUCUGAUGAUUUGGAUGUCACUACAAGUGAUUCUUCAGAAGCUGAUGCACUAUGGCAGCAAUUCAAUCUUCCAAAGAUUAGUAGCACACCGAACAUGGUCGGGUCAAAACUCAGAAAACCUCAAGCAAGAUCAAUGAAGAGCCCUGAUAUAAGGACUCAAAGCCAUUCACACAUUCCAUCGCCAUCAAGGAAAUUGCCAAACCAACCACUAAACCGGAAUACAAGACUGCCUACUUUUGACAGUAAACGGAUUUUAUCAACUGGUAAAACAGGCAAAUAAGAGAUAAUCAACAUCAUAGUUUGAAGUUCUCUAUGGGAAUGCUAGAGAAGUUUCCUUCACAGGUUUACAAGUUGCAAUAAUCCCAAUUGCUUGUGUUUGUAUUUUUGGGUGAUGGUCUUGGACAGUGCUUAGUAUAAGUAGUCUUCUAAUUGCCCAUAUCCACUAUUAACACACCACCAAAGAAAGGAAAAGAGAAUUCACUAGAGAAAACAUUCAAAAAUCUAAAGUUGAUGGUUAAUUUGGUGAUUCAUUGCAUUUAAAGGUGAACAGCUUCAAUUCUGUACCAAUAAUCAUCAA